UGGAGUGGGAACUUUGUCAGGAAUGGUGUGUCCUCUCAUAGUUGGAGCCAUGACCAAACAUAAGACACGUGAAGAGUGGCAGUAUGUCUUCCUCAUUGCAGCACUGGUGCAUUAUGGGGGUGUGAUCUUUUAUGGGAUCUUUGCAUCAGGUGAGAAGCAGCCAUGGGCGGAUGCUGAGAAUACCAGUGAGGAGAAGUGUGGCAUUCUGGGAGAGGACGAACUAGCCAAUGAAACGGAAGAGCUGUACAGGACUGGUGGACAGUAUGGAGCUAUAAAUAAUCCCCAUUCUGGUGGUCCGAAUGGAGGAGGUUCUGGGGCAGGAUGGGUAUCAGAUUGGGAUAAAACAGAAGAAUAUGUUCAACCAGUCGGGACAAAUAGUUAUUUAUAUAGCGGAGAGGGAGAGAGAGAGCUCACAUAGUGGGAAGAAACCACUUAGAGUCGAUAUCUAAGAGUUAUAAAGAGGAAUAAAGAUCAAUACAGAGUAAAUAAAUAGACACAGUGAGUGAGUGAAUGUGUGAGUGUGUGAAUAAGCAAAUGAGUUUCCAAACUGAUGAUCAGAUUAUGUGAUGAUUGUUCUAUAAACAUACACACUGAAGUGUAUGUGUGUGUAGAUGUGAGUCAUUUGUGUCAGAUUGAGAAUACAGUGGUGCUCUGUGAAUUAUAUGUUCAGUAUUAUAGGCUUCCUGCCAAAAUCACUGUAAUGCAAUUAAAAUGACAGUGAUGUUAGACAUGUUUAUGGUUGUGGUGUACGAGUAUACAGUAUCUGAGCUUUUGUGUGUGUGCUCAUGGUGAGUGUGUGUGUAAAUUUCCGUACUGUGCUCAGUUUCUUUUGUUUUAUCCAGUGCUUUAAAUGGUUUAAAAGGGUUCAAGCAAAUCUGUGGAUGUGUAGACAUUUAUUUGAUCAUAAGUUUGUGCACUUAUAUCCAUAUAUCCAAUAUCCUUAAAGGGACAGUCACUGAAAAAGACAAUUCUGUCAUUAUUUACUCUUUAUGUGGUUUAUAAGUUUGUUUAUAUGUGUGUGUGUGUGUGUGUUAAAUAUUUUACAUAUAUUGUAGAAAUUAGGUUUAAUUCAUUUUGGGCUAAACUAGUCCUUUCAACAUGACCGUAUGUGUGUGCGAGUUUAAACAACCCAGAUCUUCAUCAUUGGGUGAGUGCACAAGUGUUUUCAUCGUUUGAUGUACUAUAUUACUCACAUAUACACAUUUUCACAAGCUUACACACAGUACAUGCACACAUAUUCAAUCAAUCUGUGGAUGAAUCUGUUUUAU